GCCUGCGGAGAUCCAGCCCUUCAACACGCUUCUCCCUUACGUCCCGUCCGUGAGCAGUGAGCUGGCCGCGGCGGAGAUUUCUCCUUCUGCUCGGAUCUAAUCUUUUUUUUUUUCCUCAAACCUCCCCGGCUCAGCUCUCUCUUUCCCCCCAAAGUCGUCUCCUCUGCCUUUUUUUUUUUUACGCACGGGGGAAUCUGGCGCAUAUCUCGGGGAGUGGAGUCGGCGGCGCGUCGCUCUCAGCGGUGGUUUUUCUCGUCCUUGCGCUGCGCCUCCGUGGCCAUGGAUUGAUUUCAGUGUUUUCUCUCCGACCUCUCGCCUCGACACAAGUUGAGAAAACAGUGUGCGCGUCUCCGACCUGCGGCUUCCUCCCUCCGGCUCCAUGUUCCAUCCGGACACUUUGAAGAACUACCUGCCUCCGGAUGUUUCUGCGCAUUGUAGCACUUUGAACUUUUAUUUUUGAUACAUUUUUUGAUACAUUUUUUUUUUUUACGGUGUCGUCCCCCUUGUUGCGCAUUUUCCCAGCAGGAGGUGACCCCCGGGGGUGGGAUAUUUACGGAUUCAUUUCUUCUUUUUGUAAUUUUUUUUUGUAUUGAAAGUGAAGCUUCCUCCGGGUUCCUGAAGCCUGCAAAGAUUCAUUUGUGAAAAGUGAUGGCCGAGCGGGGAGCUCUGUGGCUCCUCUCUCUCCUCUGUCUCACCUUUCUCUGCACGGAGAGCGCCGCGGCGAAGCAUGUCGACAAAGGUUCAGCAGCGCAGCCCUUCUCCCCCUUCUGGUUCACAGUGGAGCCCCAGGACACGCUGGCCAUUCGGGGCAACUCGGCGAUGCUCAACUGCACGACCCACAGCGACGCGGCCACGCCCACACGCAUCGAAUGGAAGAAAGACGGCACCUUCAUGAGCCUGGUAUCGGACGAGAGGCGGCACAUCCUCCCUGACGGCGUCCUGUUCUUCAACCACGUGGUCCACUCCAAGCACAACAAACCCGAUGAGGGAACCUACCAGUGCGUCGCCACCAUCGACAGCCUGGGGUCCAUCUCCAGCCGCACGGCGCGCCUCGCUGUAGCAGGGAUGCCCAGGUUCGCCAGCCAGCCAGCGCCGUCCACUGUGCGUCUGGGGGACAGUCAGGUGAUGGCGUGCGAGGUCAACUCCGAUCUGGUGCCCUUCACUCGGUGGGAGAAAGACCGCCAGCCGCUGGAGCUCAGCACCCGGUUGCUCCUGCUGCCGAGCGGAGCCCUCGUGAUCAACAACGCCUCGGAGGCCGACGCUGGCCUCUACCGCUGUCUGGUGGAAAACGUGGGGUCGUCCAAGACCAGCGACGAGGCCCAGCUCCAGGUUCUACCAGAAACUGAAGACGAGCGGAAGCCGGAGUUCCUGGUGCAGCCUGCGGCUGUGAUCAAGGUGGUGGGCAACAGCGUGCUGCUGCCCUGCGUGGUCUCUGGUUUCCCUGCGCCCAACGUCCGCUGGAUGCUUGGAGACAAGCUGCUGCAAGAAAGCGAGGGUCGCCUGGAGCUCUUGGCGGGAGGCAGUCUCCAGAUCUUCAAUCUCACGGAGGAGGACGCCGGCGUCUACACCUGCAUGGCGGACAAUUCUAACGCCACCAUCGAAGCCCAGGCCCAACUCACAAUGCAAGUUCCUCCCCAGUUCAUCAAGCGGCCGGCCAACAUUUAUGCCCACGAGUCCAUGGACAUCGUGUUUGAGUGCGAGGUCUCGGGGUCGCCAGCUCCCACCGUCAAAUGGGUGAAGAACGGAGACGCUGUCAUCCCCAGUGACUACUUUAAAAUAGUUAAGGAGCACAACCUGCAGGUUCUGGGUCUGGUCAAGUCGGAUGAGGGUUUUUACCAGUGCCUCGCAGAAAACGAUGCCGGCAACAUCCAGUCCAGCGCCCAGCUCGUCAUCCUGGACCACGAUGUAUCCCUGCCCUCUUUUCCUCCCCCUUCACUGACUCCUAACACUACUGACCAUGUAACGCCAGGCUCCGGAGGCGUAGCCGGUCCAGCAGGGCCCACUCCCACCGCCCCUCGGGACGUCGUGGCCUCGCUGGUCUCCACCCGCUUCAUCAAGCUGACCUGGCGCCAGCCGGCAGAGCCGCACGGAGACGAGAUAACCUACUCGGUUUUCUACAGCCUGGAAGGCACUAGCAGGGAGCGAGUGGUGAACACCAGCCGUCCGGGGGAGAUGCAGGUCACCAUCCAGAGCCUCAUGCCAGACACCAAAUAUCGCUUCAGGGUCGUGGCGCACAACAGCAACGGCCCGGGGGAGAGCUCUGCAGCGCUCAAAGUGGCCACCCAGGCUGAAGUCCAAGUCCCCGGCCCUGCUCCCAACCUGCAGGCGGUGUCGAACACGCCGACCUCCGUCUCCCUGAGCUGGGACAAACCUCUCACCGGCAACGGCGAGCUCCUCACCUACAAGUUGUACUACAUCGACAAAACCUUCGGCACUGAACAGGACGUUGACAUCGAUGGUCAGUCCUACAACAUGAACGGACUGAAGAAGAACACGGAGUACAGCUUCCGCGUGGUCGCUAACAACAAGCACGGCCCAGGCGUCUCCACGGAGGACAUCAACGUUCGAACCCUGUCUGACGUUCCAAGCGCUCCUCCUCAAAACCUCACUCUGGAGGUGCAGAACUCAAAGAGCAUCAUGCUUCGCUGGCAGCCCCCGCCCCUCAGCGGCCAGAACGGGGAGAUCACAGGCUACAAGAUCCGAUACCGCAAAGGGUCGCGGAGGAGCGAGGCCGCCGAGAUCACCGGAGGCACCCAGCUCAGCAAGCUCAUUGAUGGUCUGGAGCGCGGGACGGAGUACUCGUUCCGGGUGUCGGCCGUGACGGUGAACGGCACGGGGCCGGCCACCGACUGGACGGCGACGGAGACGUUUGAGAGCGACCUGGAUGAAUCACGAGUCCCGGACCAGCCCAGUUCCCUCCACGUGCGGCCGCUGAUCAACAGUAUCGUGGUGAGCUGGACGCCGCCGGAGAACCAGGACAUCGUGGUUCGAGGUUACACCAUCGGCUACGGCAUCGGCAGUCCCCACGCUCAGACCAUCAAAGUGGAUUACAAGCAGCGCUACUACACCAUCGAGAACCUCGACGCCAGCUCCCACUAUGUGAUCACACUCAAGGCCUUCAACAAUGUGGGCGAGGGGAUUCCUGUGUACGAGAGCGCCAUCACCAGGCCACAGUCAGACCCCACUGACCCCGAUGUUGACCUGUAUGAACUCUUCCCUGCUCCAUACACCCCAGUACCAGACCCCUCCCCCAUGAUGCCGCCCGUGGGUGUUCAGUCCUCGGUGCUGAGCCACGACACCAUCAAGGUGACCUGGGCCGACAACUCGCUGCCCAAAAACCAAAAGAUCACAGACAACCGCUUCUACACGGUGCGAUGGAAGACCAACAUCCCUGCCAACACCAAAGUGAAGAUGGCCAACACCACCAGCCUGAACCACAUGGUGACGGGUCUGAAGCCCAACACGCUGUACGAGUUCUCCGUCAUGGUGACCAAGGGCCGCCGCACCAGCACGUGGAGCAUGACUGCGCAGGGCACGACCUUCGAGACCAUCCCCAGCUCGUCUCCCAAAGACGUGACCGUGGUGAGCAAAGAGAACAAACCUCGCACCAUCAUCGUCAACUGGCAGCCGCCCUCCGAGGCCAACGGGAAGAUCACCGGCUACAUCAUCUACUACAGCACGGAUGUGAAUGCUGAGGUCCACGACUGGGUUAUCGAGCCGGUGGUGGGAAACCGCCUGACGCACCAGAUCCAGGAGCUGACGCUGGACACCACCUACUACUUCAAGAUCCAGGCCCGCAACUCCAAGGGCAUGGGCCCCAUGUCCGAGGCCGUCAACUUCCGCACUCCAAAGACUGAGUCCUCUGACAAAAUGGCUAAUGACCAAGCCUCCAAUCUUCCACCGAAGCAGGGACCUUCAGGCAACCAGGACCCACAAGACCCUGGGACGUCAGUUGGUAAAUCAGGGGUUGGAAGCAACAGUGAGAAUCACAUCGUGGUCAUCAUCAUCAUCAUCUCGGUGGGAGCCUUCACCAUCAUAGUGGUGGUGGUCGGCGCCUUCCUGUGCACACGGCGCACCACGUCCCACCAGAAAAAAAAGCGAGCCGCCUCAAAGUCCGCAAACGGCUCCCACAAGUACAAGGGAAACGCCAAAGACCUGAAGCCGCCCGACCUCUGGAUUCACCACGAGAGGCUGGAGCUCAAACCCAUGGACAAGUCGCCAGACCCCAACCCAGUCAUGACCGAGACGCCCAUCCCCCGCACCUCGCAGGACAUCACACCGGCUGACAGCGGCCUGGAGAACAACCCCCACCUGCAGCAGAGGCGCAACUCCUACCGCGGCCACGAGUCAGAGGAGAGCAUGUCUGCACUAGCAGGUCGACGAGGGAUGAGGCCUAAAAUGAUGAUGCCUUUUGAUGCACAGCCGCCUCAGCCUGUGAUUAGUGCUCACCCCAUCCAUUCCCUCGAUAACCAUCACCACCAUUAUCACAUGGGCAGCCUGGCGUCGCCGACACGGAGCUACCUCUACCACCAGGGUAGCGGCCACUCACGUCCGCACGCCUGCGCCUCCCCCAUCUCCCAUCUAGACAGGGUGGACUCUGCAGAGUCGGUCAGGAACACCCCCAGUACGGAGCCCCUCCCUCCAGCCGCCGCCGCCUCCUCCCAGGCCUCCUGCCCCUCGGAGAUCAUGGCUGACCCCGAGGGCAGCUACCACGGCUCCUCCACCACCGAGGAGGAGCCCAGCUACUCCAGCAACCUGCCCCCGCACCGCUCGGCCCACCCGCACGCCCACGCCCACCCGCUCAAGAGCUUCGCUGUCCCAGCGAUCCCAGCUACCAGCUACCCGUCGUACGAGUCGCCCGCCCUGCCCAGCACGCCCCUGCUCGCUCAGUCCGGGCCGCCCACUCACCCCCACGUUGUGAAAACAGCCUCCAUUGGAACACUAGGAAGGACACGAACACCGAUGGUGGUCAUCGUGCCCAAUGCCCCCGACGUCCCAGAGACCAGCAAGAUGUUGGAAGAUGUAGACAGCGUGCUUGCCUCCCUCCCCCCCUGCCCCUCUCCCGCCCCUCGCAGUAACCCUGUUCCUCUCCCUCAGAACUACGAGCCCGACGAGCUGACCGAGGAGAUGGCCCACCUCGAGGGCCUGAUGAAGGACCUGAACGCCAUCACCACAGCGCCAUGAGCACGCACACACACGCAGAAACACACCUCUCUCCGUCAUCCAACACACACAUACACGCACACACACACACACAUACAGAAAGACACACACACACACACACUCCUAAGUCAAACAAAUCGCAAUCGAACACAAACCUUUUGAGCCAGAGGCUGGUGGACACAAAAUGGCUUCUUGUGCCCAAGAGAACUCUCACAUCCCCCUGCAGAGAAAAAGAAAACUCCAGACUGAAACUCAGAAACUGUUUUUGGCUCACAUUGCUCAGUCUCAGGAGAUUGCCAUGAGAGGGAGAAAAAAAAGUGAGACGCUUCAUCUUUUUAUGAAGAACCAUUCUCAGAGACAAUGAACACUAAAAACAUUGGUCGCUCUCAACCGGAAGAUUGUGAAUUUUUUCCUCAGCAAAGAUGCGUACGGUAGGUUUUUUCUGUGGCGAACGCUCGCUCCCGGCGAGACAACGGUUGAUUCAGUGUCAAGUGAAAUGGAGAAAGUCCAAAAAUAUGCUGGUUUCGAUGUCGGUGCUCAUGCGGCGCAGUCUACACACAGUGUUUGUUUGAUCCGUGUUUUCUUUGUGCAUUUUGUAUAACUAUUGGGCCGUUUCAGUGACGUGAACAUUGGAUAUCAGCCUCCUUUUACAAGCCGACAUUACUCAUAAACAUUUUCCUGUUUUUACCCCUUGUGUCAUAUAUUGUGCCAUGACUUUUUAUUAUUUUCUAUGUUAUUAUAUUAUUUUUUUUACACACAUAUCCUUAUAAACAUGUACAUAUGUUGUUUUUGUUUUUUUUAAACUGCCUCAUCCUUUUUUGAUGUUUCCCAUUGUUCCAUCAUCAUUAUUAUUAUUAUUAUUUGGAAUGAAAGUGGGAUUAUAAAUGAGUCCUGGAGCUCAGUUUUCAUAUCGUAAGGAGCGAGAAGCCGGAUGUGUUUCUACAGUGCGUUCUCCUCUGGCAUUGUGUUGCCCCCUUUGUACAUUAAAAUGUCUUUUUUGUUCCAGUCUUUUGUUUGUUGUGGGAGCUCCGUUUUAAAAGCCUUACCAACGUGUUUGUGUGUCGGACGGUCGGGACGACUCGGGCCUCCGCAGAUGUCGCUCCUCUGCGUCGUUCUGUGGGACUUGACAGUGUCUCCUCACAGGUCUGAGGUACCUAGGACUCAGGGCACUGACCCCCCCCACCCUCCACCCCUCCUAAAAACACAUAAAUGAAAAACAUCACAUGGCACCUGCUUAAUCAAUCAAUCACCUGCAUCAGACCAGUUAUCUUUUAUACGAAGCGUUCGAUCAGACGUGUGUGUGUCAUUUCCAAAAGCCAAUAUUUGGUUUCAGACAUCCGUGCUGCUGAACCCAGUGUGUUUGUUGGUUUUCUCCCCUGCUGUCCAUCAUCCGACGCCACAGCCUGGUUCUCUCACAAACCUUAUACGAUGCAAAGAUGUUGGCCUUUUGAAUGGGACUCCCAGAAUUUUCUUUUUUUUUACAUGGUAGUUUUUGUAUGAAGAAAAAAAAAAAAGAAGCUUGUUCUACACACAAAUCCAAUGUAAAAAGGAAAAAAAAUGUUCAUCUAAGAAAGUAGUUUUUCAUUACCCUCUUACCCAAAGAAAUUUGUCAUUUGCAAUCAUAGUAAUUUGCUCUACUUUUUGUGAAUACCAUGUUUCUCAUAAAUGUGCAUCAUCAUGAAUGUCAAUAUAACUGUAAGAGAUUUUAACUAUGGAUACAAACAAGGAACAAGUUUUUUUUGGUGGGAAAAAAAAAAAAGAUUGAAAACAAAGAGGGGAGGAAAAAGGACCGGACUCCAUUUGGGAAAUAAUCUAUUGAGUUGUAAACAGUUGAACCUGUAUUGCACUUUUUCACAAUUUUUGAAAAGUACAUUUCUUACAUAUCUUGUGUUUUAAAUAUCAGAAGCUGUUUGUGUAACGUAGUGUCCUAGGUAAGCAGCAGGCAGCUGGUCUUGUUUUUUAUGUUUAUUAUUUGUUUUGCUUCAGAGAUGAUAUGAAUUUGAGCAGCCGGGUUGUUUACUUUGUGGCUCAUGAGGAAUUCUGUUGUUGCUUGUUCAUGUACAGAGCUUUCUUUGCUUUCUGUAGAAAAAAAGAUCUGUGGCUUUUUAAAAAAUGUUGGAAAAAAAAAAAGGUUUGGAAAAAAAGAUGUUUUUUUAUUGGUGCUCCUAUACAUUGUGUAUACAAACUAUUAUGAAUACUAACAAAGUAAAUGAU